AUGGCCAGCCAGCUUCAGAGCGCACCGCCCUUCCGGGCCGAGCAUAUGGGCUCAUUGCUGCGUCCCGAUAACUUGCUCGAGGUUCGUGCUAAGAUCCGUGAUACUGGUAUCACGGAGGAGUCGGCGGGCUUGCCUGCCGUUGAAAAGGAAGCAGUGAAAGAUGUUGUCCAGCUCCAGCGGGAUCUUGGUAUUAAGGCUGUUUCGUCCGGCGAGUACAACCGUACUCGCUUCUGGGGCUUGAUGUGGGAUGAGUUUGAGGGAUCCCUCCCUCUGCAGGAUGCUGAUGCUUCAAUGUUCCGACUCUACCACCCUGAUGUCGUCAGUCUCAUUGAGAAGGACCGCAAGGUCAUGCCCGGCGACUCAGUCAUUGCUGGCUCCAAGCUCUCCUGGAACCCCGAGAAGUCCCUCUCCAACCUGCACGAGCUCAAGCUGGUUCAGGCCUCUCUUCCCGAGAGCGAGUGGGGAAACAUCAAGCUUACCAUGAUCACCCCGGCCUGGUUCCACAUGCGGUACAAGCAGGGCAAGGCAUACACGCCGGAAGCAUACGCCAAUGAUGCCGAGUAUUUCCAGGGAGUUGCUGAGGUUUACCAGGCCGAGCUGGAUGCUCUGUACAAGGCUGGAUUGCGCAAUGUGCAGUUCGACGACCCGGGUAUGGCGUACUUCUGCUCGAAGGCCUUCCGCCAGGGCUGGGAAGAGGACAAGGACAACAUCGGCACCGUUGACGAUCUGUUCGAUGCCUAUAUCCAGCUGUACAACGACUGUCUCAGCAAGAUCCCCGCAGACAUGCACACUGGCAUCCACCUGUGCCGCGGCAACUUCAUUGGCGGCCGCCACUUCGCUGAGGGCUCGUACGACAUCAUUGCGAAGAAGCUGUUCGAGAACCUCAACGUCAACACGUUCUACCUUGAAUACGACACCGAGCGCGCCGGCGGCUUCGAGCCGCUCAAGUACUUGCCCAAGAACAAGAAUGUUGUCGUUGGUGUCAUCAGCACCAAGCUCCGCGAGCUGGAGGACAAGGAGGCCAUGAAGGAGCGAAUUUACAAGGCCGCCGACUUUGUUGCCGCCGGCAGCGGGGAGACUCGGGAAGAGGCUCUCAAGCGUAUCUGCGUCAGCCCGCAGUGCGGAUUCAGCACCCACGAAAGCGGCUACCCUCUGAGCUUGGAGGAUGAGAAGGCGAAGCUUGGACUGGUGCGGCAAAUCGCCGAUGAGAUCUGGGGCGAG